CACACACACACACACACACACACACACACACACACAAACUUCUACAACCCAGUACAUUACACACACAAAAAAAGAGGAACACGACAAGCGGAAUGAAAACACAGAAGUCAAAAGAGGACGCUGCCGGAGAGAAGAAGAGAGUGCAAAGAAAGACAGACGAGCUAACGGAGAGAAAAACAUAAGUAGAGAAGGAAGGACAGAUACGAGAAAGAGAUACAAGCAGAGAGCGAGAAACAGAAAGAGACAGGAAGACUCAGAGACUGUUGCGGGAGAAUGAUGGAGGGAGACGUCAGAAAGAAAGGAAUGCUCUAUCAGCAGCAGCAGCGCUUUGGGAAGAAAUGGAAGAAGAUAUGGGCUGAGGCUGUAGCGGACAGCAUGCAAAGUGUCUCUCGUCUGGAGCUCUACGAGUUCAGCAAGUCCUCCAUGAAGGAUAGUAAGAAACGUGCUGAGGGUAAGAAGGUGAUCGUGAUGAGAGACUGCAUCAAGAUAAGGGAGAAGGAAGAUGAGGGAUGUCCAAAAGAGUGCAGGACCUUCCUGCUUGAAACUGCAGACAAGACACACAUGUUUGCCUCUCCAACCUUGGAGGUCUAUAGUUGGAUCUCAGAGCUGUGCAAGCUGGCAUUUCCUUUGAAUCAGGCUGAGUGUAGAUCACAGAAGCAGGAGCAUCAACCUGUAGACAUGCAGGAGAACACACUGUAUGCCACCACUGAAUGUGUCAGGGAUUUCCUGGUUGUUACCGUGGCUACAGAGGCAGCAGUACGGUGUAAGCUGUAUGGAGAAUACAUACUCACACCAAAACAUGACUCUUUGCUCCUGAAAGACAAGAAGACGAAGCAGGUUCUCCUCACAUGGCCGUAUCGCUACGUCAGGAAGUUUGGUCAAGACAUGCUAACUUUUAACUUCGAAGCAGGGCGUAGGUGCGAGUCUGGUGAAGGCUACUUUGAAUUUGCCACGAGUCACAGUGAGAACUUGUUCAACAUCAUCGGCGAUUCUCUCAAGAAACUUCCAAAGGGGGACGCACCCGGAGCAAAACUAAAAGACGAGGAGAGCACUCGCGAGAAUUCGCAAAAACCUCACACACCUCCGACACAAGUGAAACACCCAAAGAAGAAACUAACUGCAAGUUCUUCAUUAAGUUCUAUCAGUGUGAGUAAUAAUCCCGGCAAAGACAGCAAAGGGAAGAACAUCAAUAGCAUUCCUCCUCCCUCAGGUGACGUCCAAGAUCCGGUUUAUGCUUUGGUUAGCAAACCAAAAUCACACCCGAAGAGUAGCAAGGACCACAAGAACCAACAACUUGGGCCGCUUCCUGACUUUUUCAUCCACACUGAAGAGGAAGAAGAAGAUGUUCCACUGCCACCACCCAAACAUACUUCAUUUAAGAGCUAUGAAGCAGAAACAGUUUACUCAGAAGUGAAAAAUUUUGAUAAUUAUGGACGCAGGAACGAAGCUUUUGACAGCACAGGCGAUUUUUUUUAUGAACGUCAUUCGCCUAAUCUGACUGUCUGCCCUGACAACAUGGACCACCAUUCUAGUUCACCUUCUAAGUUUAAUCUUUCUAACGACACAUCCUACAUCACAGGUAAGGAGGAGCAGUUGGGCAUGUCUAUGGAGCGAUUAGCCAUCCAUUGUGCACCCGAUGCCUAUGGAGCUGAGAGCAUGUACUCACAAGAAGUGGAUUAUUAUGAUUAUGGGGGCAAUGAGGAGUUUGAGGACAAUGUAGAUCUAGAAUAUUUCUACCCACCCCCACCUUGUGAUACACACAUCGAAACGGGCCUCUCCAAUUCUGAGGGCUCUCAAGCUCAGGGAUUUUCCACCUAUGAUAAUCUACCGAAAAGGUUAUAGUUUCUAUGCAAUUGUUUUGAGAUAGUCCUUUUAAAAAUGCUACUGUAGGCGUUUUUAUAUACAUAUUUUGUAUACAAAAAAAGUGAGAAAGCUGCAUAACAGAUUUACUGCAUCCUCUUACUUUUUUCUCACUUAUUUAAUUGCCAAGCAUAUAGACUCACCUGACCAUAUCACGUCCACAUCGAUGUUUUUUAGGUUCUUUCUAUUGCUUUAAUUUUUAAAAUGCAAGCUAGAAGGCAUACCAGCUACUCCAUAUUACCUCUAGGUGUAAAUAUAUUUGUGAAUAUAUGUGUGUGUGUGUGUGUGUGUGUGUGUGUGUGUGUGUGUGUAUGCGCAUGGUGCCUUGCAAUGGCUGCACCGUCUCAAGAAUGAACUCCUGCUUCACACCCUCAUAUACUCAUGGGAAAACCUCCAGAUCCAUCCAGACCCUGUCCAUGAUAAUGUAAUUAAUGAAGAUGAGUGAUUAAUAAAUAAAUUAAUAAACAUAAU